AUGGAGGACGUCCAGGCAACCGCACGAUGGGCCAAUCGCAUGCUGCGCCCUCUAACCUCUAUCUACCGCCGCCUUGAGAAACACCAAGAGACACUAUCGAUUAUCGCUACCGAAUCGAAAUAUCAGGGUCACCCAGAGGAUAUCUCUGUGAAUGUGCCGGCCACAACAACACAGGUUCGAAAGAGCAAGGUCAAUGAGUCGGACGCGGAUGAGGACGAGAACGAUCCCGUUUGGGUUCCCGGCAAGAAAGUCGAGCAGCGCCGGAUCAGACACAAAUACUCGUCUCGCGGGGAGGACAACGGUGGACGCAGACGCAACCGGUUGUCUAUCCACAGCCCAGAGGCACCUCGGACACUGCCUGGCGCGAUCGAGCUCGCGACGCCUUUGAUUAACGGGAAACGAUGGGAGGCCCCUUCGAGCGCGCAGUCGCAGCCCUCAGCCAUUCAGCCCCGUAGUAUCUACGGAAAGGGACACCUGCAGGCAUUUCGCGACAAAUACCCGCUGCACAAGAGUCCGUGGCAGGAGCUGCUCCACCAAUCUGGCGACUCUGGCUUUGCCGAUAUUGCGCAUAAUCUUCAUCGUGUUCUCCAGAACUUUCUGUACAAUACUCGAAUCACCAAAAGUGAUACCGGCGAUCCACCUCCAAAGCCUACGAGCAAAAGGGAGCAAGGCGAGGAUGGCGAUGAAGACAUGUGCGGUGCAUAUUUUACAGAAUUGGAAUCUUUCUAUGCACCUCACGGCAGAGGGUGGAAGCCCCUUCGCGAAGCCGUGCGCUCUCAGGGCAUCCAUUUGGUGGCCAUGAUGAUACAAAACAAGUGGGUAACAGAAGCGAUCGCCUGCGCGCUUAUCGAAAAGUGUCGAUAUCAUGAACCCGAUGCUUGCGAGUCUUUAUUAUCGACGUUUCUUUCGACGUGCAAGACAUACCCUUACCCGCUCUCCUUACGCCCGUCUGGCGAUUCAAAAAUAAACGGUGACGCUAUCCGAUUACUGCGGCUUUAUGCUUGCUACGGCCCAGCACAUCGCUCCUACAUCUUUGACGAGCUAGCCAAGCUUCUUUUACGCGGUGUUCUUCCGCCAGAAUGGAUGGCAACCAAGUUGUGGACUAGUUGGAUGACCCGUGCAACGAUAUCAUUAUCAAAAGAAGACGCCGAUUGUGCCGCGGCCUCGCGACUGAUCGAAGCCGUAAUCCUCUCAGCCAGUGGCGUCCGUUCAGACACCCAGUGCGCGGCUCCUAUGCGAAGAUACUCUCGCAAACGGCCAACAUUUUGCGGUAGAAGGACUCACGCUUCGUUCACGGCAUCUACGAGGAAACCGUCCACUGAUCAGCCAUGCCCCGUGCCGGUGGCGGACGCUCUGAGUAACCACGUCAUGAGCCUCAUGGCAGCGCUGUGCGGGAUGCAUGUAUCGAGGUCUCGCGAAUUGGAUGCUGCUGACUCUGCGGGUAGAACGAAAACGAGCGAUAUCCUCAAAAACAUCUCUUUUUCAGUGGAGCGGGAGAUGAACUUGAAACCGCUCUCUAGUAGCCCCAGCAUCAGCUCUCAUCACUUAUUACGACGUGGGUGCAUCUUACUGGCGGAUUGUCUGCUACAAUGUAAUAAAGCAGUAUUAUCAGACGACCCCCCAGACGAGGUGACACCCAAAACGAAUGUCGACGCCUAUUCGCAUGAAUUGGCUUCCCGCUCAAACUUGGUAAAGGAAUUGGCAUCGUUUGUGCGACAAGCUUUUCGCUGUUUUGGCGGCAGUUCGGAAAGUGAGCGCGUCCGAACCGGUCAAGAAAUUCGCCGCAUGAUAUCUUUCUUCCCUCGGCUGACCAAAGCGCCUGGUUUGUCUGCGCUUCUUGGUCGAAUCGCCGCGGAAGCUGCAAUGGAGUUUGCGGAGAGUACCGGUGAGCCGGAAGACCACCUGUGGGCGGUUGAGAUUCAAGAGAUGGUAGCAUCUGUCCGGGCUGAGGCGGAGAAUGAAGGAAACGAUGGCGUUGACGACGCUGGGCAGAGGACCAGCCUCUACCGUUGGGAAGAAAGCAUUGGAGAGUGGGUUGCUAGGACGCCGAUGGCAAAGCCGAAGGCGAUAUUUGCAAAGCAGAGCAGCAAGUGCGCCUUCAUGUCUUCAAUUCCGCCGCCAUGCAUACCAUCUUCCACAGAUAGCAGUCCUCCCUUCUCAGACCGGUUUGAGAAGCCCGUCUCCAUCUUGAGCUCAUCCCCUUCAUCGGUGGACACGAAGCGAACGUUCGAACACUCCGACUCCUCGCCCAUACGACUCCGCAAGCGACAGCGGUCUGGUUCUGUGGUUGUGAUCAACAAUGCGGAGCGCCCUCGAACGAGGUCUUCGAUUAUCAAUAACGGAUCCAGAUCCACGACAAACAUAGUUCAGCAUCGGGCCCCCACGGAUCCCGGGCCCGCAUCCAAGAUCGAAGUCGUGAUUGUCAAUAAGAAAGAGACCAAAGUGGCCGGGGAUGGUCUUGCGCAGCCUGUCCCGGAGCCUGUUCUCAAGCAGGUCCAUCGCCCUGCAGAUCGUCGACCACGCGGACGGCCUCGAGGGCGACAUCCUUCUGCGCCGUCAAUACCACAGCGAGCGCCGAUGGUGAUUCCCUGCUCCCAGGACGAGGACAGUGAUGACGAGCUGAGCUUCAUGUGA